UCGAUAUGCAGAGCGAUACCGAUAGCUCCUCAAAAAUGCAUCGCCUUCGAUUGCUCGCUCUCUGGCUAUCGUUUUGCUGCUGGUGAAAUUAAGGCGGUAACAAAAUUGUAUUUAUUUUAUUUUAAACAAGAGAAGAUAGUCAUGGGCGACACCACCGGAGCAGAGCAGGACGCGGAUAAUGUGAUUCGCAUCCUGGUGGCCACUGACAACCAUCUGGGCUACGGCGAAAAGGAUGCAGUGCGCGGCGAGGACAGCUUCACUGCCUUCGAGGAGAUUCUGGAGCUGGCGGUGUCCGAGGACGUGGACAUGAUCCUGCUGGGCGGUGACCUCUUUCACGACGCAGUGCCCAGCCAGAAUUCCCUGCACAAAUGCAUGGAGCUCCUACGGCGAUACACCUUCGGCGAUCGUCCCGUUUCCCUGGAAAUCCUAAGCGACCAGGUGCAGUCUUUUCACAAUGCCGUCAACCAGUCGGUGAACUACGAGGACCCCAACCUGAACAUCGGCAUCCCGGUGUUCUCCAUCCAUGGCAACCACGACGAUCCCAGUGGCUUUGGUCGUCUUAGCUCUUUGGAUCUGCUGAGCACUGCGGGCCUGGUGAACUACUUUGGCCGCUGGACGGACCUCAGCCAGGUGGAGAUUAGUCCCAUUCUGAUACGCAAGGGCGAGAGCCAGAUGGCCCUGUACGGGCUGAGCCACAUCCACGACGGUCGGCUGGCCAGGCUAGUCAAGGACUUUAAGGUGAACUUCAACUGCCCCGACAAGGCACGCGAUGACGGCAAGGAGGGCGAACAGGAAGAGGAGUGGUUCCAUCUGUUGGUGGUACAUCAAAACCGGGCAGAUCGCGGGCCGAAGAACUAUCUGCCCGAGGACUCGCUGCCAUCGUUCCUGCACCUGGUGAUCUGGGGCCACGAACACGAUUGCCGCAUCGAGCCGGAGGUCAAUGCCAAGAAGGGAUUCUAUGUCUCCCAACCUGGUUCCUCCGUACCCACGUCCCUGUCCGAGGGCGAGGCCAAGAAGAAGCACGUCGGCCUGCUGGAGAUCUACAAGACGAAGUUCAAGCUCAAGGAGCUGCCGCUGCAGACGGUGCGUCCCUUUGUCUUCGACUCCAUUGUCCUGCCGGAUCGCGCCGAGGAGCUGGGCCUAAACGAAGGCGAUGCUUCAACCAAGGUUUUUCGAUUUGCCAAGGAAAGGGUUGAGGCAAUGAUUGCCCAGGCCGAGGCUCAGCUGACGGGCCAUCCCAGGCAGCCCACGCUGCCGCUCAUCCGGCUGCGGCUGCUCUACACCGACGAGUCCUGCAUGUUCAACACCAUCCGGUUCAGUCAGAUGUUCGGCACGCGAGUGGCCAAUGUCCAGGAUGUGGUGCUAUUUAGCAAGCUGAUCAAGCGCACCAAAGUGGAGGCGGUUAACCUGGACAAGGAGGCUUUGCGGCGGGCUCUGGAAGCGGAUAAUGCUACUCGAGUGGAGGAGCUGGUAGAUCGUUACUUCGAUGAGGCAAAGACCAAGAAACCUUUAAGGCUACUUCACUCAAAGGCCUUGGCCGAGAUGACCUAUCGCCUGGUGGAACGAAAGGAUGCCAAUGCCGCCGAAAACAUUGUCAAAUUCUAUAAGGAGAAGGCAGUGGAUCAUUUAAUGGAAAGCCUGCCUAAUGAUGAGAACAUAGACGACGAACUCGAAAGCUUUAGAAUGCGGCACAAGCACGAGGAUCUGUUAAAAAUGCUCGAUGCCAGGGGAACCAAGGUGAAGCCGGAGGAUAAAUCCUCAUUUGUCUUGGCCAGCGAACCAAACACAGCCGAUGUCCCUGCGACGGGACGAGGACGAGGUGGUCGUGGCCGUGCCACCACUCGAGGACGAGCGGCUGCCACAACAGCUGCCCGUGGCAGGGCCCAAUUAGAUGUGUCUGUCAACACUACGCGCUCCUCGGGAAGGCAACCAACUCUCAUGAGCAACGUCCGAAGCACUAGGAAAGUCACCGCCACCUAUGAUAUUUCGGAUGAUUCUGAUUAAUUUGCAUUCCAAGGGCUGUGAUUUUCUAAGUUGAAUAAACAUUACACAUUUUCUAUUAAAAA